UGAUGAGAAUACCAGGAUAUUGAGUCAUCGUGGUGGCCAGCGGGCAGUGAACAUCAUUCUUCCUGCCCCAAACACUCUCUCAGGGGUAGAAAGCCCAGAAACUUCUCUCAGGUCCAUGGCCCAAGCAGCCCAUGGAAUCUCGUAACCUGAGCUCUUCCUCUCCCCUCCUUUCUCUCCCUCCCUCCGCUCUCCCUGGCUCCCUCCCCACCUCCCUCCCUCCCACCCUCUCCUCCUCUCCUUGGGCCUUCACCACAGAUUCAGGCACUGCAGGAGAGGCCUCGGGUUCCUGCUUCCCAGCCUCCUCGCCCACCGUGUCCGCCUUCCUGGCACCAAUCCUGGGUAUGGAGUUUGUCCUGGGGCUGGCGGGGAACAGCUUGGCGCUCUUCAUCUUCUGCUUCCACACGCGGCCCUGGAUGUCGAACACGGUGUUCCUGGUCAGCCUGGUGGUGGCCGACUUUCUCCUGAUCGUCAACCUGCCCCUUCGUGUGGAUUACUACUUCCUGCAUGAGCGCUGGCGUUUCGGGGCCACCAUCUGCAAGCUCAACCUCUUCAUGCUGUCCACCAACCGCUCAGCCAGCGUGGUCUUCCUCACGGCCAUCGCCCUCCACCGCUACCUGAAGGUGGUGUGGCCCCACCACGCGCUGAGCCGGGCCUCCGUGAGGGCGGUCACCUGGGUGGCCGGGGGGCUCUGGGCCAGCAUCCUGCUCCUCAACGGACACCUGCUCCUGGCUGCCUAUCCCGACGGCUCCUGCCUCAGCUACCGGCUGGGCGUCAAGCCCUUGGCUUUGCUCCACUGGCACCAGGCCCUGUUUGUGCUGGAGUUCUUCCUGCCUCUGGCACUCAUCGCAUUUGCCAUCGUGAGCAUCAGGCUCAAGAUCCAACGUCGUGGCCUUGGGGGGCAGGCGGGCCCGCGGAGAGCUGUGCGCGUGCUGGCUGUGGUGGUGGCUGUCUACACGGUCUGCUUCUUACCCAGUAUUGUCUUCGGCGUGGCUUCCAUAGUGGCCUUCCGCCUGGGUGCCUGCCCCGCCCUUGACCUCUGCACGCAGCUCUUUCAUGGCUCCCUGGCCUUCACCUACCUCAACAGUGUCCUAGACCCUGUGCUCUACUGCUUCUCCAGCCCUAGCUUCCUCCGCCAGGUCCGGGCCCUGCUGGGCCUCACCGAGGGCUGGCAGGGCUCAGCCAGUGACGAGAGCUCCUACCAGCCAUCUGCCCGGCGCCGGGAGGGCACUCGGAAGGUGCAAGCUGUGGAGAAACUGCAGAUGGAGGUCUCGCUGGAGGGCCCGCUCGAGUAAGAAGGUCCCUCUCGGGACUAGGGGUUCGCAGGGCCGCAAGAGGAAGGACGGCUGGGCUCUGACCUGGAGGGAGAAGGUUGCCAGCAUAGGGCGCCUCGACCAACUGGAUGUCGGCAGGAGCCAGGUGGGUGGCAGGGGAAGGAAAGGGUCUCGACCUUCCAAAGCAGUGUGUCCCAGAUGACAUCCACAGAGUGCAGGAAAGAGCCCGACGGCAGGUGGAG